AUGGCUAGGAACAACAUUGGAGUUGCAUUGUAUCAACGCAAGUAUGCCCUUGACUUGAUCAAAGAUCAUGAUCUCGAAGACUGCAAACCCUCUUUGACUCCUAUGGACUACAACAUCAAAUUGUCAAAAGAUAGGGGGGAGCCUUUACCUGCCAACAAUGAAUACAGAAAGUUAAUUGAGAGAUUGUUGUAUUUAGCCAAUACUAGACUAGAGAUUAGCUAUGUUAUUGGGAAGUUAAGUCAGUUUCUUGAAGCACCAACUAUCUUACACCUCAAGGCAGCUCAUAAAAUUUUAAAGUACAUCAAAGGGGCACCUGCCAAGAGAUUAUUUUUUCCAGUGAAGUCUGACCUUAGUGUUACAAGAUUCACUAAUUCGGAUUGGGCAUCCUGCCCAAAUUCGAGACGAUCUACAUUAGCAUAUUAUUUCUACAUUGGAGGAGUCAAUGUAUCAUGGAAGAGAAAGAAGCAGACGAUUGUGGCUGCCUCAUCUACUGAAGCGGAAUAUAGAGCAAUGACAUCUAUUACAAAGGAAGCUGUGUGGAUCAGGAAGAUUUGGCUUGACUUGGAUAUGCCUCUCACCAAUCCUAUCAGUCUCUACUAUGAUAGUCAGAGGAGCUGCUUUACGGCGGUUUUUUCCCCUAUUAGUGGUGGUUAUAAACCGCUACAAAAUCAAAUUUCGGCGGUUUGGUGGACCGCCCGGGUUAUUGGUGCGGAGAGGUGA